CCGUAGGGUGACCCCCCCCCCUCCCGGAAAGCCAUCCUGCGGCAGAGCUCAGAUGCCUGUACUGCUGUGAACUGGAAGAGCAUUAGGUAUGGAGAACCUGAUGGCUGGCUCAUCCCUACCCCCACUGUUUGCAGAUGAUGAUGGCUCAAAGGAGAGCAGUGAUAUGCCCACAACUGGGUUAGCCCACUCUGAGGGGUCAUACGGUGGAGGAGCUUCGCAGUCUGUGAACAACCCAGACUUUGUGGAGGACUUGUCACAAGUUCAGUUGCUGCAAAAUGAGUCUUCUAAUACAGCUGAAAGCAGCGAGCAGAGACUUGAAGAAGAGCAAAGAACUAAACGAGGAGGCUGGUCCAAAGGGAGAAAGAGGAAGAAACCCCUUAGGGACAGCAACGCCCCGAAAUCCCCCCUCACAGGGUAUGUGCGAUUCAUGAAUGAGCGUAGGGAACAGCUUCGAGCGAAGAUGCCUGAAGUCCCUUUCCCAGAGAUCACCAGGAUGCUGGGCAAUGAGUGGAGUAAGCUGCCUCCUGAGGAGAAACGGCGCUACCUUGAUGAAGCAGAUAGAGAUAAGGAACGGUACAUGCGGGAACUGGAGCAGUACCAGAAGACAGAGGCCUACAAAGUCUUUAGCAGGAAAGCACAGGACAGGCAGAAAGGCAAAUCACACCGGCAAGAUGGAACGCGACAGACUGCCCAUGACCAUGAGAAAGAAGCAGACACGAAGGAGAGGUCUGUUUUUGAUAUCCCAAUCUUCACAGAAGAGUUCCUGAAUCACAGCAAAGCACGGGAAGCAGAGCUGCGCCAGCUGCGUAAAUCCAACAUGGAGUUUGAGGAGAGGAACGCUGCCCUGCAGAAGCACGUGGAGAGUAUGCGCACUGCUGUGGAGAAGUUGGAGGUGGAUGUGAUCCAGGAGCGCAGCCGGAACACAGUGCUGCAGCAGCAUCUGGAGACCUUACGGCAAGCACUCACCAGCAGCUUUGCCGGAGUCCCACUACCAGGCAGUGGGGAGACCCCCACAAUGGACACCAUUGACUCGUACAUGAACAGACUGCACAGUAUUAUUCUGGCUAACCCACAGGAGAAUGAGAAUCUCAUAGCCACAGUCCGAGAGGUUGUAAACCGGCUUGAUCGCUAGUGACUUGGGUCUCCUGGCCCAGGGGUGUCUUGCAAAAGUGAUUCAGCCAGUGAGGAAUGAAAAGCCAUGGUGGAAACAGACUGGAGGUGGGAGGCAGGACUUCAGGAUCUGUCCUGGUCCCUGCCUAAGCAGCUUGCCUAUGGGGCAAACUGUUUAAUGAAUUAAAAGCUCCUAUGAAGCCACAGGCACCAGCCACUAAACAUUUGAACUGUCCUCCAUGUAAAGCUUUCAGAACAUGUGACUACUGUACAAUCAUCAGUUUUCCAUCAUUUCAGCUGGGUGGGGAGAUACCCACACACUCUGUGGACUGGACAACAAUGGAGGUGAAUCUGCUUCCAGUCUGUGUCGUGGAGGCAGCCUUCGUGUUGUGGUAAUAGAGCUUUGAAAUGUUAUGUUGCUUUGUAUCUCUUCUUCCUUUCUGUGGGGUUUCCUUCUCCCUUUCCAGUUCUCCUUUUGUCCUUUUCUUGUUAGUUGAUGUUUGCUGCACUGUAUAGCAACACCUGUAUUCUUUGCUAUGAUAGACACAGCCUUCCUUACUACCCCGCCUUUCGUGUCUUCAGUGCAAGCUUCUCUUUUUUGUGCUAGGUUGCAUCUCGUACAACGAGG